GAGGCGUUGUCGAUGGCAAAGACCGUUAUUGAACAACAAAACAAAACUCCAGCAGCCUUGUAUAUUCCAAGGGAAAGAAAAUGUUCUGAUUUCACCGGCAGUCCGUCCCAGGGUGAACCAUGUGUAGAGGAGUGGAUAGUGUCCAUGAAAUCCUGCUUUAAGAUUUCCAGGGUCCCUGAGGAAGAUAAGAUUGAGUUGCUAAGACAGCACCUCAAGGGUGAGGCAAAGCUGACCGUCAAGUUUAUGUUGAGGGAAGACACUACAGACGUACAGAAGGUCUUUGAGGUGCUUGAGAAGACAUAUGGAGACAAGGUCCCCAUUGGUACCCGUCUUAAAGAGUUUUAUGAUAGGAAGCAAUUGCUUGGUGAGAAGAUACGUGCGUAUGCCUAUGAUCUGCAGGAAAAGCUGCGUAGACUGAAACGGCGAGACCCGGAGCGCAUUCGAGAUUCUGAAAAAAUGCUAAAAGAACAGUUUGUGCUCGGCCUCCGAGAUGAUUUCUUACGCCGUGAAAUGAAGAGACAAGAAAAACAACAACCGGCUGAGACUUUCCUCGACCUUAUGCAUGCUGCCAUUAUAUGGUCUGAGGAGGAAGAGGCCCCUGCAGCUGGUGCGGCCAAGGGUCCAGUGCGAGGAGCUGUUCAUUCUACAGUUGCUGAAGAAGCAUCUUCCCCACUGACACUUAAUUCGCUCCAUGCAGCUAUUCAAAGUCUUGCUACCCGCCAAGAGGAGCUCUUCAAAAUGGUUCAUGGCAUGGAGCAGGCUACAACGCCUAGUAGAUCUAGCAGGCCACCACUAAGGGAUGGUGAAGGAAGACUUGUUUGCUACACCUGCAACCGACCAGGUCACACAAGCCGCACAUGCAAUCAGGCCAAGCAAGGUGAACAUAGAGUGAAGAUGGCGGCCCUUACUACAACAGAAGUGGGCCAGGUCGAGGAUAUUAUACAAAACCCCGGUGCCUCGACUUCUGCUGACAUCAAGACAGUGUCUCAAACAAAUGGGAGAGGUUCAGUGUGUUCUUCUAGUAGUGCUUUCGGUGAUUGCUUCACAAUUGAUGUUUUGAUAGAUGGGGUGAAGACCAGUUGCCUUCUUGACACUGGUUCUGAGGUUACCACCAUCCCUGAAAGCUAUUUCAGGGAACACUUUGGAAAAACAGAAUCUUCGCUGUCGCCAGCUAAAUGGGUUUGCCUCACGGCAGCUAAUGGCAUUGAAAUUCCAGUUGUUGGGUGCCUCGAAGCAGACAUUGAGUGUAUGGGUAAGGUGUUGAGAGGUCGAUGUGUUUUCGUGCUGAAAGACAGUUGCAGUAGUGCAAAGGAAAGGAAGGCAGUGCCUGGUAUUUUGGGUAUGAAUGUGGUAGGAGAGCUUAAAGGCCUUUUCACUGAUUUCAAAGGUAUCAAGAAAUUGGACCGAGGUACAGCCAAGACAGGGGAGGCUAGUCUUAGUCGUGUACUGGCCACUAUUGAAGAGGGUGAAAGGUGUGUGGGCCCAAGCGGUUGGAUUGGAUAUGUAAAGGUGGCAGGGAAACGAGCCGUUACCAUUCCUCCUUUCAGCGAAAAAGUAAUUGAGGGGCGCUGUAGGAUACCCCCUAAGGUAAAGUGUAAGGUGCUGGUUGAGGCCUCUACCAGUAUGAGUCUCCCUCGUGGUCUACUAGUGGCAAAUGUCCUAGCUCAAGCUGCUGAAGGGAAAGUACCAGUACGCCUACUCAAUUCAAGUGAGAAGUCCAUCACAUUGUUCCCGAGAUCCAGAGUGGCAGAGCUGAGUAAACCAGAUGAAAUUGUACCAAGGGAAGUAGUGACUGUGGAGGAGGUGGAGGGAGGAGUCUAUGUGAGGGAGAUUAGACACGGAAGUGUCCAGUCGACAGAGGGAACUGGACCACUCUCUGUGCCGGUGCAGGCCAAUCUCCAAGGGCUGACGCCACCUCAGGUGCUGAAGUUAAACAACCUAUUGGAAAAACAUCAAGAUGUCUUCUCCCAACAUAACAGUGACUUUGGAUACACCACCACUGUGACUCAUCAUAUCCAGACUGGAGAUGCAAGACCAAUCAAGCAGAGGCAUCGACGUGUUCCGCCACAUAUCUUUCAAGAGUUCAAGAAACAUGUGCAGGACCUUGUGGCACAAGGGGUUCUCAAGGAAAGCUGCAGCCCAUGGGCCUCCCCUGCUGUGAUUGUCAUCAAACGAGACAAGUCGGUACGAUUCUGCUGUGAUUAUCGAAAAUUGAAUAGUGUGACGUUGAAGGAUGCUUACCCUUUGCCGAGGGUGGAAGAGUCGUUAGAUGCCCUUGGUAAAGCAAAGCUCUUUUCAUCCCUUGAUUUGACAGCAGGCUAUUUCCAAGUAGCAGUUCAUGAAGAUGAUCAGGAGAAGACUGCCGUCACUACGCCAUUUGGCCUAUAUCAGUGGACUCGGAUGCCAUUUGGCCUAUGUAACGCCCCCGCCUCAUUUCAACGGCUUAUGGAAGUGGUGUUGGGUGAUUUAGCAUUUGAUGUCCUACUGAUAUACCUUGAUGAUGUGUUAGUGUUUUCUAGUGACUUUGAUAGCCACUGUGAGAAACUAGAUCUUGUGUUCAGUCGCCUUAAGGAACAUGGGCUUAAGCUGAAGCCGAGCAAGUGUUUCUUGCUGAAGACGGAGGUUAAAUUCUUGGGCCAUAUUGUGUCAGCAGCAGGUGUUCAGGUAGAUAUGGAGAAGGUUAAAGCGCUCCAAGAUUGGCCUACUCCUAAGAAUGUGAAAGAUUUCACUGUCGUGACCGAUCAUAACCCGCUUCGGUAUCUGGAGACUGCUAACCUUGGUGCAGUAGAGCAGAGGUGGGUCGCUCAGCUAGCGGAGUAUGAUUUUGAUGUGCAUUAUAAGCCAGGAAGGGAGAACACGAAUGCAGACGUACUGUCCCGGAUUCCCCAGACACAGGAGCCAGAGGUUGCUGACAACGACAAAGACUUCCUGGUCAUACAGGCUGAUGAGGUACGUGCCUGUCUAUGGCCUGGACAAGAGGUGGGCACAAGAGGGCCUGAUGUGCAUGCUGCCUCUCAAGCUGCCGUCACAGCAAAAGUUUAUGGACAUAGCUGGGAAGAGCUCCAGCAACUCCAGGCCGAUGAUCCUAGCGUGGGCCCACUGGCAAUUGCGGUAAAAAGAAAUGCCCGUCCCAAUAGGCACCAACUACAGGAAAUGCCACCUGCACUGAAAAGGUUAUCUUCUCAAUGGGAACGGUUGAAGAUACGCUAUGGUGUGUUAUUCCGUUGCUUGUGUGACCCGAGGGAUGGAGAAGAGGUGCACCAGCUGGUGUUACCGGAGUGUCUGCAGAAACAUGUGUUCAGUAUGGAGCAUGAGCACGGAGGUCACUUCAGUGACAGAAGCACACUUGCACGAAUGAGACGGAGUUACUACUGGCCUUCGAUGAGCAAGGAUGUCCAGGGCUGGGUAAAGCAAUGUAAACGCUGUGCAUUAGCUAAGGAUGUCUUUCCAAAAAUCCGAGCCCCAAUGACAUGCACCAAUGUGACCACACCAUUAGAGGUGUUAGCCAUGGACUACACCUUCCUGGAGAGGUCGGUGGGAGGCUUUGAGAAUGUUUUAGUUUUAACUGACAUGUUCACGCGUUUUACCAUUGCUGUCCCGACUAAAGAUCAGUCUGCAAAGACUACUGCCAGGGCCAUUGUUAGACACUGGUUCGUGUAUUAUGGCUGCCCAGCCAGGCUUCACUCAGACCAAGGGCGCAACUUUGAAGCAAGCGUCAUCAAAGAACUCUGUCGCAUUUAUGGCAUCUCCAAAAGUCGCACCAGCCCGUAUCACCCCCAGGGCAAUGCUCAAUGCGAGCGAUUUAAUAGGACGAUGCACGAUAUGCUUAGAACUUUGCCAUCAGAGAAAAAAGCCAACUGGAAGGAGUAUCUCCCCGAACUAGUGAUGGCUUACAAUAGUCACGUUCAUUCCUCGACUGGAUACUCCCCUUUCUAUCUCCUCUUUGGAAGAGACGCUAGAUUGCCCCAGGAUGUGUUGGGGGGAAAGGACUUGGAGCAGGGUGAUGUUGAUAACCUUGAUAAUUGGGUGUUUGACCACCAUGAGAGGCUGAAGGUGGCGGCAGAGGCAGCCAGAACUGCCGCUCAGGAUUCCUCUUGGCGGCGCAAGCGGCUCUAUGACCGGACGUCCCGUGCUGCACUUGUCAGGCCAGGUGACCGGGUGCUGCUGAGGAACCACCGACCAAGAGGAAGGAACAAGAUUCAGGACAAAUGGGAAUCAGGGGCUUAUCUAGUUGUCAAGCAGAAUCAGCCUGACUUGCCGGUGUUCACAGUCAAGCCAGAAGCUGGGGGUCCUUCCAAAGUAGUGCAUCAGUCCCUGGUGCCGGUGGAGAAGUCUCUGGUCAUCACUGUGACACUGAAAUCCUGA